AUGUCGAGCCACCGUCAGGCGUCGCCGUCGUCGUCGGAAUGCCGCCCGCGCGCCGUCCCCGUCACGGACGUGGCUCCGGGCGGGCUGGCGGGCCUGGAGUUGACCCCCACGGUGAAGCGCGGCAUGCCGGUGUUGAUCACGCCGUCGCCGCACGGGGGCACGAGCGCGGCGGCGGAGGCGGCGCCGUUCCAGGGCAUCAUCAUCUUCAAGGAGAGCGAGGACCCGGCGGCGGCGCGGAACAGGUGGUUCAGGGAGAUGCGCGGGUGGCUGAUGGUGGUGGCAACGGUGGCGGCGUCGAUGUCGUACCAGGCCGGGCUGAACCCGCCGGGGGGCUUCUGGCAGAGCAACGACGCCGACGGCCACCUCGCCGGCAACCCGGUUCUCCGCGACGUGUCGCCGGGGAGAUACAAGACGUUCUACUACUUCAACGCGACGACGUUCGUGACGUCGCUGGUGAUCUCGGUGCUGCUGAUGAGCGAGCGCUUCUACCGGUCGGAGACGAAGGUGGUGACGCUGAUGCUCGCCACCUUCGUCGACCUCGCCAGCCUCGUCAGCGCCUACAUCGCCGGCUCCACCCGCUUCAUGUCCUCCUGCAUCUACGUCAUCGUCAUCACCGGCGUCGCCUUCCUCUGCGUCAUCGCCAUGGGAGAGGUGCUGGAGAAGAUGUGCGAGUUCAUCCUGAAGACGUCGCCGUGCAUGCUGAGCCUGGCGACGCGCAACUGGUGCCCGGUGCCGAGGGAGGUGGUGGACAAGGCGGCGCAGCAGGCGCAGGGCGACCUGGACCGCGCAAACCAGAGGAAGAAGAAAGCGGCGGCGGGGAGCAACCAGAGGUGCUGCUGCUGCGCCGCCGCGCCGCCGACCGACGACGACGUCUGAUCUCGUCUCGACCGGCUCGAUCGUUGCGUCGAUCUGCCACUCCGGCAGAUUUAAUUUGAUUUCUCCUUAAUUAAUAAGCUUUUUGCAGGCGUGCAUUCAUCGUUAACAUUGUUCGGCUCAUGAAAAUUAUUAUUAUUUUUGUCUCCAAUCUGUCCGGGCAGUUUUUUCAUGCUUAAGUAUAGUACCAUGUUUGGGUGAAUACAUAUCUAUCUUGACUGUAAAAAUGAAUUAUAAC